AGGCUCUGAAACUUAACCUUGAGAAAACAGCUGGUAUUUCCCGCCUGUUCUAAAUUCUCAAGGAUGACCAGAGUGAAGGGCGACCUUUAGGAUUCUAACUUUUUCUAAGGAAGAUGAGCAAACGUUGUGAUAUAGUUCAUUUGAACGUUGGAGGUCGAAAAUUUUCGACAUCGCGUAAUACACUAUUAUGGAAUAAGAACUCAUUUUUCAGCAUACUUUUAAAUGGUGCUCUACCUACCAUGAGGGAUGAAUCUGGAGCCAUCUUCAUAGACAGAGACCCAGAUAUGUUUAGUGUGAUUCUCAACUACUUACGGACCAAUGAAUUAAAUCUGAACGGUGUAGAUAUAAAUUCACUCAAGAACGAGGCUCAAUUUUAUGCACUUGAUUCUCUGGUAAGAAAACUCUCCCUAUGCGAGGAGAAUCUGCUUGGACGAUGUGGAGAUUUACUGUUUCACGCUUAUAUGCCGGCACCUGAUUUUGUCCUGGAUGAUUCUGGAACAUGUUUCAGAUGGAACACCAACAAUCAAUGCAAUCCACCUAAUGGUCUUUGUCUGCCACCAUAUACAUCACCUAGCUCAUCUAUGAGAGGUGAAACAGAUACAAUGGGGAGAGGUCCUGGAAUCCCUCAACACAGAAAUUUAUCGAUUGAAACGCCAACACCUGACUCCAUUCGCAGUAAUCCUGGUUGUAGUACAAGUAAUACUAAAGUCCCUCUGAAAGGUGAUCAUCACCGUCCACCAAAUGAUUCUGCAAGUGAAGUUCUUGAUGAAAGUGCUACUACUACUACUACCAAUGGCCCAUCGAACUUAAAAUAUCAAUCAAAUCAUCCUGAAUUGUAUCAAAAACCUGUCACGUUAAUCGCUUGUCAUCAAAAUAUUAUGGCAGCUGUUUACUCUGACUGUGUGGGAGUUUUCUCUCUAAAAGAUCCUAUUGGUUGGCACCUGACAUGGUUAAGCCCUAUACUCCCUGCACCAAUCGAUAGAAUCGCUGUAACUGGUAAAGCGCCCAAUCAGAAUAUUUUGGGUUCUGUUUCAUCAAAUGCAUCUGGAAACUCUGCACCAUUAUUUCCUGUUAAUCCUACGGCAAACUCGUCAAAUGUAAAUCCACUUGUUAAUAAUUCCACCAAUCCUAAUGCAAGCAACAACAGCAACAACAAUAAUACUAAUAACAGACAUCAGCCAGCGUCUAAUUCCACAGCCAAUUCAAAUUUUUCAAAUAAUCUGUCUUCACAAAAUGCGCCACAACUUAAUCAGUUUCAUAUGUCAGCACCAAAUAAUCUACCAUCUGUGAUAAAUCCCUCUUCAUCGAGUGGUGGUGGUGGUGGGUGUACACUGGCAGUAGCUGUUGGCUCAACUAUCACACUGUGGUAUUUAUAUCCUCCGUCUGGGUUGAUAUCUGCUGUUGUUUCAUAUGGUGGACAAUUCGGCGUGACUACGUCACCUGCUACCUAUUUCUUAUCUCCGCUAUAUCCAUUUAUGCCUAUGCCAGAUGCAAAGAAUGGCAGCAACACUUAUCCUCCGUUAGCUAAAAUUAAAGAACCUUGGACUAGUGAAAUGGUUGGUCAAUAUGAUUUAAACAGGCGUGCUGUGGAUUAUUUAAUUUUUAUUGGUGCUCAUCUUGUUGCACUUAGUCGACAUGGUCUAGUCGGUGUUCGACAUGUAAUGACUAAUGCAUGGCAAGUUUGGAGUACUGUUCCAAUAUUGAGUUAUGGUGUCGCUGGUUCAGAGUUACUACUCUUGGGUUGUGCAAGCGGGUGUAUAUGCAGUAUAAAUAUACAAAAAUUCCCUCUACGAAUAGUCGACAAUGAUCUCUUAGUAACAGAAAUGUAUCGUGAUCCCCUACGUGAUCCAAUCACUGCACUCAGUGUACAUUUAUCACCGAAAACGUCUUAUUCAGGUCGUAAUUGGAUGGAAAUAGCCUAUGGUACAUUGUCUGGUCGUGUAUGCUUAAUAGUACAACAUCCAGAAAUUGUUGGUUAUAGUCCACAAUUAUUUCAAACUUUUAAUGUUCAUCGGUCAAUGGUUACUGAUGUUGUUUUAUCAGAGAAAUAUUUAAUUUCAGUUUGCAAUGAAUUUCAUCAUGUGCGUACAUGGGCAGUGACACGCUUUCGUGGUAUUAUCAGUACUCAACCGAGUUCAACACCAGUUGGUUCAUUUCAUAUGACAAUAUUAGGUAUGAAUAAUUCUACACAACAAUUAGUUGAUUCUGUUCUUAAAGCUGCACAAAAAUGUCAUACACAAAAAUCACAGUCAUCCUCUAGCGAUAUUAUUCAAGCAUAUUCUAGUCUGAGUGCUAACACAUCACAUAAUAAUGCCGCCAAUAAUAACAAUAACAAUUCUGUUAACAGUAAUACAACCAAUGAUAAAGUUAAACGUUCAAAUACAUCAUCAUAUAAUGUAUCCCACUGGCAUCCACGUGGUACUAAUACACGUUCAUCUAGUGCUCAGUGUACUUCAUCACGUGAACCGUCAGCUUCAUCGUCAUCAUCAACAUCAUCAUCUUGUCAUAAUGAGUCAAAUCUUCAGCAAACUACCAAUACAAAAAUGACAAUAUCAAAUAGACUUCAGUCGACUGAUUGUUCACUGCUAACAAAUUAUCCAACUAAUUCUACCAGUAGAUCAGGUGCAUAUAAUAAUAAUAUUUUAAGCAGUGUUGGAGGCGUUGAUUUAUGCUCAAAUACACAAUCCGAUAUUGUUGUCCUUCCACGUACAACAUGGCUUCAUGAAGAUCCAGGGUUAAAUGCUCAAUUCGAUUCAGAUCCAUCUGAUUCACAUUCAGUUAGUCAAAGUGAGAUAAAUCAAGGAGAUAAUGGAAAUAAUUUUACAACUGAUUGUAUUGCUACAACUAGCUAUCAUGAAAACAAUCAUAGAAAUAAAAGUAAUAAUAAUAGUACCAGUAGAAUGAAAAGUCGUUCAUCAUCAGCUAGUCGAAGUUUACAACACCAACAACAGAGUGUUGCACAGUCAGGUGAUGAAAUAGAUGCAUAUAGAAAUCAACAAAGCACCUCAUCAGUGAUCAGAAGACCAAAAGUGAAUCAAUCUAAAGCUAAUAGCAAUUCUGUUACUACUGCGACUGACAAUACUAAAGCAAAUAAGCACAUUAUUCGUCCAAUUAUUGAUGUACAUGAAUAUGCGAAUAAUCCAGGCCCAUAUGGUGGAAGAGAAGAUAUCUUAGUAUUUAUACAGAAGUUAACACCACAAGCAAAUCAGUUAUUUGUACGCUUAGCGUCAACUGGUAAACGAAUAUGUGUUAUUCAUUCAGUGGAUAGAAGUACCAUUAGUUCAUUUACUGUACAUAAACAUGAUGGAUUUAAUCGAGUUGGUGCACAUCCAAGACGUUAUAUAUUUACUGGACAUUCAAAUGGUACUAUUCAGGUGUGGGAUUUAACAACAGCUUUAGAUUUCGCGAGAACUGGAAACAAUUUCCCUGGACCAUUAAUGACUAUUCCAAACUCAUCAACAAUCAAUAUGGAAGGAGCUUACAACUUAGCAAAUGAUAUCACAUCUUAUCCUGGUGGAAUAAUGAACAGUGUAAAUAUUUGUGGCAGAAAUAAUAUACUGAUCAAUCCAUAUUCAAAUGGACCUAUAAAUAAUUCAAAUAAUAUACUAGUUUAUCCUAAUUAUAAUCAGCAUUUAUACGAUACAGAUUAUUAUUGUUAUAGUAAUAAUAACAAUAAUAAUAUUAUUACUAAUAACAGUAAUAAUAGUUAUUACAUUGGUGGACCAACAUCCUCUGAAAUGUUGAAACUUUUAGAAAAUUGUCAAAUUGGCUUGUCAUCGGCUGGUUCCAGUAUGACAGCAUUGUGUUCUGAGAGGUUAACUCCAGCGGAGUCAAUGAAUUCAAUUAUUGAUCAGGCAAAUUUGUGAUAUUAUUUUUUUUUCUCGUCUCCUUCUCCUUCUCCUCCUCCUUGGUGUUCUUCUUCCUUCUUGUCAUCACUCCCAUGUUCAUCAUCAUCGUCGUCAUCAAUAUCAUGAUUAUUACCGUCGUUAUUAUUAUUAUUAUUGUGAUUAUUAUUAUCAUAGGAAUUGAAUUUCUAAAUUGCAUAAUACAAUACAUGUGUAUAAUAUCAGACAUUUUCAUCCUUGUUUCUCCCUAUUUAUGAUGUAGUGAUGAAUUUUUUAGAUAUACUCGUUUUACUUACUUACUUACUUACUUACCUACUUACUAACUACUAUUUUGAUUUAUAUGACUUGUCUUUUAUCCAUAUCUAGUUGUCUGCUGAUAAUUGUUUUUCAAAUAAAUAAUUCAUCGAAUUGAUCUGUUCUUGCAACAGUCGCUGAUCAACUUUCGUAUAGCUUUAUGAUCUUUUUAUGUAUGUAUGUAUGUAUGCGCAUGUGUUUGCGACUCCUUUUCUAGAGCUUUUCACUACUUUUAUUGCCGGUUAAGAUGUGACAUAUAGAGCAGAAAAAAACUGUUAUCUUUUCUCUACUUCAUAAUAUUCUUGUUCUUUAACUUAUUGAAUAUUCCUGAUAACAAAUUAUAAUAAGUGUUAGGUGACAAUAAAAAGAGAGUAUUUUCAUUGUCCUGACUGAUAGCUUCUGUCUUUAUAUGGGGGUUGGACAUGCGUAUCGUGGGUCCUAUCAUGCCAGAAAAGUCGUUUGGAUAAAUGGGGGGGUGGUGGUUUAGAAACCCUAAGAGCUGCAUAUUGAGAGUGUGGAGUGCCUAGAAACCAUACAUAACAGGGAACUCUGGUAACCAGGACCUACGGUCCAACAAAUAUCCCGGAGGUAAUGGUGAUUGACUGGACAUACCGCUUGGAAGAGACUCUUGAAAGACAUUGUACGCCAGACAAGUCCUACAGUGGGGACCCGAAUAGGAAAUGGCAUGUUUGGCGUCCAUGGAUGAUAUGGAGAUCGUGUGAAGAAGAGGUAGGCAAUCGUGUAACCUAGUUUAAACGCACUGUAGAGAACAGGGAA